AUGGCAAGUGUGGAGUGGCAAAAGCGCGGUUUACCUCAUUGUCAUUUGCUGUUCUGGCUAGAAACUAAAAUACAACCAGAUGAGAUCGACAGUGUCAUAGUUGCGGAGCUACCCAAUCAACAAAUUGAUCCGGUACUACAUGACAUUAUAACUAAAAAUAUGGUACAUGGACCCUGCGGAGAACAUAAUUUAGCUGCACCAUGCAUGAAGAACGGUGCCUGCACAAAAAAUUACCCUCGCCGUUUCAUGAACGAUACCCAGACCGGAGAGGAUGGGUAUCCAGUUUAUCGUAGGCGCGAUACAGGAAAUGGCGGUCGGAGCACUACGCUACAAAUCAGGGGCAACAUGGUGACGAUAGAUAAUAGGUGGAUUGUUCCAUACUCCCCGCUACUAUGUAAGACUUUUAACGCUCAUAUAAACGUGGAGUAUUGCCACUCUGUCCAAGCCAUUAAAUAUAUAUGUAAGUAUAUAAAUAAAGGUUCAGAUCAGGCAACUUUUAGCUUUAGAAACCCACACGAUGAGGUCGAAAUCUAUUUAAAUGGCAGGUACAUAAGCACAUCUGAAGCUGUCUGGCGCUUAUUUGAAUUUCCCAUUCACGAGCGGCAUCCUACUGUAGUGCAUUUGGCCGUUCAUCUAGAGAACGGUCAAAGGGUGUAUUUUACACCAGGGACAGCUCAUCAAGUUGUCCAAAACCCACGCAAUACCACAUUACUGGCAUUUUUUGCUCUCUGUAAUGAAGAUGAAUUCGUGAAAACUCUUCUGUAUCAUGAAGUCCCGCAAUACUAUACAUGGGCAAAUAAUACAUUCACUAGAAGGAAGCGUGAUGAAGAUGUAGUUGGACAUCCGGGGAUAAAAAAAGAUGCCGCUUUAGGUAGAGUCUACGGGAUACAUCCAUCCCAAUCAGAGUGUUUUUAUCUUAGGAUUCUACUGCACCACGUACGCGGUCCGACCUCAUUUGCAUACCUUAAAACUGUAAACGGUAUUGUCAAAGAGACGUAUCAAGCAGCUUGCCGUGACCGAGGUUUACUUGAAAACGAUGAUCAUUGGGAUAACACUUUAAGCGAAGCUUCGUUAUCACAUUGUCCAAAAAAACUAAGGGAGUUGUUCGUAAUCAUACUUUUAUUUUGUCAACCAUCGGAACCAUUGAAGUUAUGGGAUACUUUCAAAGAUCAGUUCUGUGAAGAUAUUAGACAUCGUAUCAGACAACAAAAUCAGGAUAACACUUUACCCUUCACUGAAGUCAUUUAUAAUGAAGUAUUAAUUGAAAUAGAAAACAAACUUCUAGAACUAAACGACAAAAAUUUAAGUGAUUUUGGAUUACCUUCUCCCGUUCGUGCCCAGAAUAAUACUAUUGACACAAUAGUACAACAGUAUAACAGCAAUGAUCUAAUAGCGUUUGUUAAUGACAAUGUGCCAAAAUUAGUACCAGAUCAAAGACAUGCUUAUGAGACUAUUGUGGACAGUGUGAACAAUAACAUGGGGAGAUUAUUUUUUUUGGACGCACCAGGAGGCACCGGAAAGACUUUUCUCGCAAAUUUGAUACUUGCUAAGAUACGGCAAUUAGGGAAGAUAGCGAUUGCAGUUGCUUCAAAUUUAAGACCCCCCAACAUGUGUAAUGGCACGAGACUUCUUAUAAAGGAGCUAAAAGAUAAUUUAAUAGUUGCGAAGAUUAUCACCGGCCCUGCAGCUGGUGAAUUAGCUCAUAUACCAAGAAUACCCAUGAUCCCUACUGAUUUGCCUAUACCCUUCAAAAGGCUCCAAUUUCCAGUAAAAAUUUCUUUCGCACUCACGAUAAACAAAUCCCAGGGCCAAACAUUCAAAUUAGUAGGAAUUGAUUUACGAAAAGAAUGUUUUACGCAUGGGCAACUUUACGUUGCCCUAUCACGGGUCGGGGCUCCCGACCAUCAGUAUAUUUUGUUACCAGAAAAUAAUAUAUCGUCAAAUAUUGUGUAUAGAGAAGCUCUACAAUAA